AUGUUCGGAAUCAUCAACUUGCCUAGUCGCUCAACCGGCACUGUGUCCAGUGCUUCGAGUUCCAAGAAGCGUUACGCGCCUAUCGUUAACGAGCUUCUCCAUUUACUCGACAAAUCGUUUCCUUAUGCUUCUGGAAUGGAGGCCCUCGAGCAAGCCAUCCAAUCUGCGCUUCAGUACAGGAUCGUUGAGAUGGAAAGCUACGGGCUCACCUCUGCUAAAGGAUUUCUAAACUUUGCAACCUGGAUGGUCGAUGGUUGGAUACCUACCGAGUCAGCAAAGGGUAGAGACAUCUAUUAUAUCUUGUGUAUCUUCUAUUUCGUGUUCGACCAAGUCCCGCUCAAGGAUUGUCAAACUGCGAUUAGGCCCGAAUCUGUGGGGCAGGAACUGUCCCAGCUCUCCCAAUGGAUGGUGAAGUUUGCCAAGGAAGUUGGAAGCCACAUGGACCGACCAGAGUCGCUGAACGAAGCAUCACUCACUUCAUUCUGGAAUGCUCCAAGCUUCCAUGUAUUCGAGGCGGAUGAAUCCAAAACCGAAGGGGGGGAAUGGACUAAUUUCAAUCAGUUCUUCUGUCGUCAUCUCAAGGACGGCGCACGGCCCAUUGAUGGCGAAGGUGACGACAACAUUGUCAUUUUCCCUGCAGAUUCAACCUUCUCCGGUUACUGGGAUAUCACUGACGAGUCGAUGGUCGAGCUGAAAGGUCUACCAUGGCAUAUAGGUGAUCUCCUUGGGCCAUACAAGUCCGACUACGGCGAGUCUUUCAAGGGCGGGAUCUGGUUGCAUUCUUUUCUGAACUCAUUUGACUAUCAUCGCCAGCAUGCGCCGGUGGGAGGUACUAUCAAAGUCAUCGACACGAUUGAUGGCGCGGCCUAUUUAGAUGUUGAAUAUCAGCCUGAUAGUCGGUCUUUGAUGCCAAAACGCCCUAUGCGUCCUAUAUACUCCUCAGGGCCUGUUUAUCGGGGAGCGGAGGCGACGGAUAAAGAAGGAUACCAGUUCCUGCAAGCACGAGGGGUCAUCAUCAUAGAGAACGACAGGAUAGGCACGGUUGCUGUUUUACCGAUCGGUAUGGCACAAGUCUCAUCUGUGGUGGUCAGGGACGACCUCAAGCCAGGUGCCACCAUCAACAAAGGUGAUGAAAUCUCACAUUUUGAGUUUGGUGGCUCUGAUAUUGUUGUGAUGUUUCAGGGCGGAAAGAUAGAUCCUCAUACUCUCCCACAGCCAUUGUCACGCAAAAGCGAAGAGCCCUUGUACGAGCAUCAUAACUAUGGAGAGAUGCUCGCUAAGUCCAAGUCAAACGCACAGUUGCCAGUGGCUGACAUCAGCCAUGCACUCUUAGUCCCACUGUGGGGGCUGUUUAUAAUGCCACCUCAAACGCGAGCAAUCCAACAUAGCGAAAGUGUGGGGAAGAAAAAACGAAAACCUGUGCGCCGUGACCCGGAGAAGAGGCGGCAACAGAACAUUCAAGCCCAACGCAGAUACCGAGAAAAGCUACGUGAGCGCUUAGGUCGUCUCGAAGCGCUGGCAGAGUCUGCGGGACAGUCCUCGGCCAUUGAAAGCACCCCGGCUUCGGGCAUACAACCAAGUGGGGCGAUCACAGCGCCUGGCCUACCCAUCGCUUCAAGUACUAUCGUUCCAAAGACCCUUCCACUCUAUGAUGCUUCGGAUGUAUCGGUUCCGUGUACAUCUGUGGCGACCCUUAGUAAUUGCCAGCAACUUAUCCCAAUCUCAGAUGGGAGUCCACCGACAUUAUACACAUCAGACUCUACCACAACACCCUAUCUAUAUUCUGAUGAAUCUCCCUCAACAAUAAGUGCCUGGGAUCCUCCAUCAUGUGUGGAUCCUUCUCUUCUCAUUCGCGAUAAGCCCAGUGAUAGCCUGGAGCUGUACUGGACAACCACCAUUGACUGCGGCUGUACCAGUCCGCAUUUCCGAAUACAGACAGACGGUCCAGACCUUCUCGGCCGUAAUGAAGUCAGGGUAUUCAGGUUCGGCGCCAAUACAACUACAGCCGAUCCAUAUAUCAAUAGUCUCCGGAUUGAUAGAGUUUGCACCAUCGCCGCAAUUCUUGAUCUUGUUAGGCAUUUAGGCAUUACGGAGGAAGGGUUAUGUGCUGACCAAUCUCCCUCGCCAUUCUUUCGGCCCGGCGCAGUGAUGGUAGACGAUACAGCCAGGACCAAUUUGAUUCGCACUGUUCAGGAAACAUUCAAGACUUUAAAGCCAGAUCUGAGGCCAUCUCAAGAACAAAUCACUAUCGAGCACCAUCCGAUCAUAGACAUUCUACCUUUCCGAACACUACGGAGAAACCUCAUCACUCGCCAGCACGAUAUAGAUGAGGAUGAGUUCUUCGACGAUAUGCUUUCUGGCUUAGUAUGCUGGGGAGGUGCUGGCAUUGGGAAGAGGGAUCGGCAAGUCUCCACUGGGUAUGCAUCGACAGGUACGCCGUGGGAUGUCCGUAGUUGGGAGGGAAAGUUGUGGUUUCUGAAGAAGUAUUGGGCGCUUUUGGGUGGUGAAGAUGGUGAGCUCGUACGACAAAGUGAAUGGUGGCGCAGUAUCAGGGGAGACGAAAGUGAGCAGGAGACCAUGUGGCUUGGAUAG